AUGGAGGAGAAUAACUCUUCACAUUCCGACUAUCAAGUCGUCCCUGGAACAGUCUACCUCGUCACUAGACCAUCCCACAACACCAACGAACAUGGAGACAUCAUCCUUGUUCCCACUCCGUCUGACAGUUUGGGUGAUCCACUUCGGUGGUCCGUCUGGCGAAAGAGAUAUCACCUGUUCUUGCUUGUCAUAUACAGCACUGUCAUGACUGCCCUGGGCAACUGGGAAAGUUCUGUCUAUGUUGAUAUUCAGGAUGCGCUUGGUACAUCGAUUAAUCAACUGAAUAUCGGCACGGCUUUGACUUUGCUGAUGCUUGGGGUUGGAAAUAUCUUCUUUACGCCUCUUUCUCAUAAGUUUGGUCGGCGUAUCGCGUACCUGUCAAGCUUAACUGUCGUGAUCUGUUGUCACGUUUGGCUAGCAACUUCAAGAAACUCUGGUGACUUCAUCGGCGCUCACGUCCUCUUUGGACUGGGCCGUGCACCUUAUGAAGCUCUUGUUCCUAUCUCGAUCGCUGAUAUUUUCUUUGCUCAUGAACGAGGUUUCGCCUUGGGUAUUUACGCCUUUGGUCUAUCAGCUGGAUCUUCAGUCGGACCCAUAUGUUCUGGAUACAUGAUCGAAACUCUUGGUUGGCGUUGGGUAUAUUGGUGGGGAGCUAUCCUUUGUGGUAUACUCCUUGUUGCUAUCUUCUUCACUUUGGAGGAAAGUAACUUCACCAGAGAGUCGGAGCUCCCUCAUGAGCCGGUUCACGAAGCUCAAGAGUCUGCUUUAGAGGCUAUUCGACAUGAUGAUAAAGAAGGAAAGCAUCUUCAUUCUGCACUCACCAAUACCAGUGUUUACAGAGUCGGUCAAGUUCUGGAGACAGGUUCGUUUCGACUCCAAUACCGCCCUUGGGUUGUCCUCCCAGGAACUUGGGGAGAGUUCGUUAGGCAGGUCUAUCGUCCUUUGCAGUUGGCCUGGUUUCCAGCCAUUGUCUGGAGUGGACUUGAAUAUGGAGCUUGUGUCUCUUGGAUCACCGUCUUGGGAACCACUACAGCUUCUAUCUUAGGUUCUCCGCCAUAUAAUAUGAGCAAUGAGGCUUUGGGUCUUAUCUGGCUUUCCCCUCUCAUCGGUGGUCUCUUUGGAGCCUUGAUGGCCGGACCCCUAAACGAUAAACUCGUGCUUUUUCUCACGCGUCGGAACCGUGGCUGGUUAGAACCAGAGUUCCGUCUCUGGGUCUUCAUCCCCAUGGCAUUCCUGAUGUCAGGAGGCCUAUUACUCUACGGCGUCGGUGCAGCCAAUGCUUUACCUUGGAUCGGGCCUGUCGUCGGUAUGGGACUCGUCGGCUUUGGGUUGACUGUUGCAGCUGCUCUCACAAUGGCCUACGUGGUUGACUGCUACAAGGAAGUAGAUGGCGAGGCUAUCACGACAGUUAUCUUGAUUAGGAACAUCAUCGGUUGUGCCAUGACCUUUGGAAUUCAGCCUUGGAUUGACAGCAUGGGCGUGCAGGAUACCUUCAUUCUGGUCUGUUUCUUGUCAUUUAUCAUCACCGUAUUUGCAGGUGCAUUUAUCAUGUGGGGAAAGAAGUUUCGCCUUCUCACCAAGUUGGCAUAUCUGAGCUUCGCAGGAACCUCCUCGGAGCAAAACUAG